CAGUACAACGCGACAUCUCUGACGGUGAGGACACAAAAGCUCUCCGAGAUCACCUUCAGAGUGAAAAGAGAGAAAUUUGUAUUUUUCCAACAUCCAUAUUUAUUGAGGAAGUUGAAUACCUAUUGAACGUUAAUUCCGCUAUAGCACAGUUCACAGUCAUUUCACAAUUUCACAUAAAAAGGGGAUUUUUCUGCUUUGACUUUUCCAAUAGAAAUUUCUUUUAUAAAAAUUUUACCUUCGUGGAUUUUUCUCUCUCUCUUCUACACGUAUCACGAGUGGCGUAAAUUAAUUCUUUUUCGUGAUUUUACUUCUUCCGGAUGGAAGAUUAAACUUGUAUGUAGCAUCUUAGUCUGAGAAGCUAAAUUUUUGGGGUGUGAAGAGUGGGAGUUGGCCACACAAAUAUAAAGUAGGUAGGUACUUUUAAAGGGCGAGAACACUUCAAUGGUAGAACAUUCACCAUCAAAUGCAUUGGGCCCUCGUGUUAUGUAACGUACCGGUUUCAAGGAAAAUUCACCUCUUGAACAAAACAAACAAGACACUUUGCGAGUUUUCUCCCACUUGGGAGUGAUAUUUUUUCGUGCUGAAUUUCACCGAGAGAGAUAUAUAGUUUCAUGGUGUGGCAUAAGUGAGUUGUGGUACGUAAACUCUUCGAUUUGUUUUGGCACAUCGCAAGCAUUAAUAUAGACAGUAUUUUCGCAAAUCGCUCAUCCUCACCGGGUGUGUGAUUCAAAGUGAAAUUUGCAUACAACACAUCCAAAGAGUCAGCCUAUAUAACAAAAGACGCCGAAGAGUGAUUUCAAUAUGAUGUCACCACCGAAUAUGUACGGUGGUCCCUUUCAACCGUAUCGGGGACAACCACACUCGUUGGUAUCCCCGCGCGAAGACAGCCCACCGACUUCGGUUUUAAACCUCAAGCGCUACACCACCAAUGACCCUCCAUCAUCGCCGACCAUACCUGUAUCUGCGCAUCAUCACCUGCAUCACACACGUGAGCAGGAGACAUCGAUGGCACAUCAGCGACCGCUGUCAGCUCAGUCUCCACAGAGACGUUAUGUUUUGCUGCCUCUCUACAACGUGGUGCAAAGUACAACAUGGAGCUAGAAUGGCAUCCUUGGGUACACACAAGGAGAACCCACAACCUGUAUGAAAGCUACAACCAACCACCCCAGCAGAUCCCGCGUAAACAAUGCUACAAUAGAAUUUUUAAAUUAAAACCUAAAACCGGAAGGUUUCUUUAAAACAAAACCAAGUAAUAAGCAUGCAUCAUUCUGUUUUCAUCUGUUUAAAAAGAAGAAUAUACAAGAUACGGAAUAUGAGCAAGAGUUACAGUACAAAAAAAAAAGUUUCGAAAUGAGGAAAAGAUCCAUUUGAGAUCUUUUCCUAUUGCCGAGAAAAGAAUUUAAGAAAAAAAAUACAAUUUACUCGCGGAGUUUCAAGAGAUAUAUUUGCUCCAGUAUAGUGAGUUUUUUGUAUGCAUAGCGAUGAUAUAAAGUAACGGACAAGUCAUUGAAAUUUUUUCGCCAAAUAUAUAAGGAAAAAUGUAGUGCAAGAGCAACAGAAGCAACAUAUAGUCAAGUAGAAUGUAGAAAGUUUCGCUAAAAAGGGAAAACGAUUUAGAUAGAAUGCCGUCAUAAAACGUAGACAUGCUUCAAUGCUAGUAGAACAUUAAAAAAGGUAGCUGCAGUAAAGACAUAUUCUUCAUUAUCAAUCAACAUUUAUUAUAUCAAAUGCAUAUUAAAAAAAAAUUAAAAAUACAGAUCUGCAAUUAAAGCCGUAUUAAUUAAAAUAAAAUAAAAAAUAAUUCUUUAAUCGACAAUAUUAAAAUCAAGUGAAUAUGGAAAAGGAAUGUCUUCAAUUAAAUUAUCUAUCCAUAUCAUGGACGAAGCCUUCAAUCAACUCAUCUUUCAACAAUCAACAUUCUUCAAUCAACUUUCUUCAAUCAACCAGAUACACCACUGACCAAGGCAAUAUGGACCAGCAGUUCUGUCUUCGCUGGAAUAAUCAUCCGACCAACUUGACUGGCGUGCUGACUUCCUUGCUCCAGAGGGAGGCCCUCUGUGAUGUCACACUGGCGUGCCACGGUGGUGAAAUUGUCAAGGCACAUCAAACCAUCCUGUCGGCAUGCAGUCCAUAUUUCGAAAGCAUUUUCCUGCAGAACUCUCAUCCGCAUCCAAUAAUAUAUUUGAAAGAUGUUAGAUACUCAGAGAUGCGCUCCCUCCUUGAUUUUAUGUACAAGGGGGAGGUGAACGUUGGCCAAAGAUCGUUACCGACAUUUCUAAAGACAGCCGAAAGUUUACAGGUACGCGGUUUGACCGACAACAACAACAUCAACUUCCGUGCAGAGAGCGACAGGGAUCGAGAUUCCGAUACAAAUGCGAGUGGUGCUACAAAACACUAUGAUAAAAUGAACCGGGAGCGACUGGAGCGCGAUCGGGAGGAGAAUUCAGAGAGCAAAGACCAGGGAGACAGGGAGACACCUGUGGAUCAGCUGAGCAGCAGCAGCAGAACCAAGAGGAAACGUACAGAUUCAUUAAACUGUGAUAAUUCAAUGCAUGGCGCCAGUGUCCAGGAAAGGCAUUAUUCUCAGGAUUCUCAGGCAUCGUCGCAUAGUAGUUAUAAAUCCAGUCCAUUGCCAAAAUUAAAUCCUCUGGAAGGAGAAGACGCACGCCGAAAUUCACCAUCGUUGAAUGCUAGCGGCGCCAAUCAAUCAGUUAGCAUUAAACAAGAACCUGAUAUGGGCCAUCAUCCUGGUCUACCGCCAGAAUUACUGCCGCCAACUUCAAUGUCCCUGCAUCCUGAGGAUAUGACAAGUCUACUUCCUGCACAUGGGCUACAGGGGGAUCCCUCGGAGAAUGAUUCGCCACAUCCGCAGAUGGAUCACAGUGAUAAUAUUGAUGGGCCGGGGGGGCAGCGUCCACAUCCACCACUACCACCGCCGCCACAUCUGCAUCACCAUGGGCAACAUAGCAGUGGAGAGAUGGAUCAUCCACUGGUACCGGGUGGAUCUGUACGGUGCGGCGAUGGCGGUCCCAGCCGUCGAAGCCCCACCGUGGCCGUCGUUGCGGCUGCCCUUCAGCACCAUCAGCACCACCAGCAUCAGAUGUCCUACCACAAUAUGUUCUCACCAACACGGGAGCUAGCGGGGACAAUGUGGCGCUGCCGGACGUGCGGCAAGGAGGUCACCAACAGGUGGCAUCACUUCCACUCCCACACAGCCCAGAGGAGCAUGUGCCCCUACUGCCCGGCCACAUACAGUCGCAUCGAUACACUCCGCUCGCACCUUCGGGUCAAACAUCCCGAUCGACUGAUCAAGAACUAGAACUGGCGGGCCUUCCUCAUGCGAUCGCUCAACAUUUAGGCAAUGCCCCCGCCGUGGACACCCCGAUCUCACUGAUCUUCCGGAACACACCUGACGAGUGAUCAUUGAACUGGAAAACACUCCCCAAUUCAUCCCAAUACACCAUCCUCAACCCCACCCAAAAAUAAACCCCAAAUCCCAAAAAAAUCGGAUCUUUGUGAUCGUGAGGACGUCAUCAUCACCAUACAUCAUUCAUCCCUCACGAGAGUACCAACGAAGAUUGUCUUCUGCCAAAUAUGCACGAUAUAAAAUUUUGUAUAGGCACAACACCCUCAAUGUGGAGAUAAUGUUGAUGAAAUUGUGAAGCUUCAGAUUCCCACCCCCGUCCCAUGCUUCUCCCCUUUCCCAUUUGUACAUAGCCCCCGCACAGGUGCACUGUUUUAAAGUAAAAAAAGAAAACCAGUAAUGAUCUAGGCUGAUGCACACAUUGAGGUAUCCUUAAAAGCAAAGGGUCCAAGCCCAAAUACAAGGAUAUAUAAUGUAGGUUAGACCUAUAGGUUUCAUGACGCCUCAAGGGAACUGAAGAGUAUUAUUUUCUAUUUUAUCGCAUAAUUACAUCCUUAAUGAAAUAUUUAAUUUGAUAGAUUUCUACACAUUUUAGGGAAAUUUGAAAUAACAAAAAAUGUUAGGGAACAGCCAAGAAAAUGGAUUGAAAAACCUUUUUUAAUUUUUUUUUAAAAAUAAAAUCAUCAAGAUGAUUUGAUUAAUCCAAGUAAAAGAUUUUCAAUAAUUAAUUUAAAUUAAAAAUGAUUUAAUAUUUUUAAAGAGCUUUGUGAACCAGAUGCCUUUAGGGACAACGACGUAAUUAUGUAGAAUGCUUAGAGAACAGGUGUUAAAGAAAGCUUUAUGUUUUAAAAUAAACUAACGAAAAUUCAAUAAUUUAAAACUUUAAGUAAAUUGUUUUCUGUUCAAAAGAACUUAAUCGUUUUGAGGCUCUCUUGAUAUAAUUUAAAUCCUUUGAACAAUAUUUUGUAAAGAAAUAAAAGUUCAAGCAAAUAUAUUUUGUAAAAGAAUUCAUUUAUUGUUUAUCCUGUUGAAAUAAAAUUUAUUUACUGCGUGUAGGUUAAAGUUUUGUAGAAAAUUUAUGGACCAAACAUAAUAAGUAGUUUCUGAAAAUAAUUUAAAAAUUUAAAUUGAGGGUAUAAGAGGGGCUUAGUAUUGGGUUUUACGUUGAGGUGUAAUCCAUGAUAUUUUUAAUUCAUUGGUUAGCUUUUAUCAGAAGCUACAGAGAAAUAUUGAUGAAUAUUGACGAACAAGUUGACGAGCUUUAGAAAACCGCUGCGGAGCUUAAUUAUUAAUCUAUAUAAAAUCAUUAAGAGCAAAAAUAUGAUUGAUUUUGGCCCCAUUUUCGGUUCGUUUUUAUGAUUCUGUAAAUUAAAAUUGUAUUCUACAGUUUUUUUUUUUAAUAUUUUCUUAAGAAAGCUCAUAAAGAUCCUUGAAUUUCCUGUCUAAAAAUCUAAAGUCAAAAUUACAUCUUGUUCAAUUGUACCCAAGGAACUUUGUAGGUGGCAUCCUUGGCAAUUUAGAAGCUUCAUUUAUUAUUCCAUAGUCUCCAGGGAGUUCUUAAAUAAAUUUUAAAUGAUGGUAAGAUGUAAAAAUCAGCGACUGUAGGUCCAGUGUAGGAGGAAUUUUAACAAGAGAUGGUUUCUGGGGAGUAUCUGAGACAUGUCACAAGAUGUCUUCCCGAAAGGAUUACCUCAAUAAUUAGUCUAACACAUUUACUGAAAGCAAGAAGAAGAAAAAAACGAACAAGUGCACCAUUUCCACUUUCCCACAUUUCUUCCGCUGAGCUUAACAAUUUAUUAAGCUUUAAUGUUACUAUUGUAGAGGUAUGAAGUGUAAAUAGGUUCAUAUAAAGUCCUAAAAAUUAAUGAAAAAAAAAAGAAAAUUCAAUGUGCUAUUUAUUAAACAAGAAAAAGAAUUACCUAUAUAUCCCUUAAGUAUAAGACAUCAGAAUUCAUGCAGUAUUUAUCCCCCCCAUCCAAUUUAUCGAAACUUUUUUUUUCUCUUCUGAAAAGGAAAAAAAAGUAUUGGAUAAGACGGUCUUUAUCAAAUUAUCUCGUCCACGAAUGUGUAAAUGUUAGACGGAUUUCUUAGAUGAAUCAUCAGACAAAGUUUAAACGGUUUCAAUGAUAAAAAAAAUGUGAGAGAGAAGAAAAGAAUAAAUAUUAUCCAGAAAUUAUAUAUACAAAUUUCAGCUCCUCUACCCAUCAAUAGGAAUGUUUAUUGAGAAUGUGAAAAAAAGACAUAAUCAAUGUUGGUGUAACGUCAACGUUCUUUUUCUUAUUUGCAUUGUGUACACACAUAAAAACUUCAAGUAUAGUUGAGAGAGAAAAAUAGUAAUUAAAAUGUAUCAAAGUUAGACUGUAAGGUAAGACGGAGUAUUCAUUGGAGCCUAAAUACACACACAUUUUAAGCACAAACUUGUCACAUACCACUGAAUUAUUAGCUCUACUUGUUGCUAAAACUAAAAGAAAGAAAGAAAACAGAUGCAAAAUAUUGUAAAAUUCAUCAUAAAUUUAAGUCUAUUUAUACUGAAAUUCCGUUGGGCCUACAUUUGGCAUUCGUAUUUUAUCAAAUUUAUUUUAUUAGUUUUCUUCUUUGAUUAAAAAAUUUAUUUUAUCACUAUUAUGUAUUUUUUUUUCUUGAAAAUUAUUAUGCUUUUUUAUCCAAAAAAAAUUAAACGAAAAUUUAUAAAUUUGUGUUCAUGCAAGUGCUUUAAGAAUAUUAUGGCAGCUUUUAUUUUAAAGAGCAUCUUUAGUCAAUUUCAUAAUAAGACUCCGUCUCUAAAUAAAGAAAAAAAAACUAUGAAAAUAAAAAGAAAAAACAUAUUUACAAUUAGCUAUACACAUUUUGGUGUAAUAAAAAAUUUUAUGUGAUAUUUAAAAAUGAAAGUGGAAAGUACCUAAGGAAAAAAUUUUGAUGAAAAUUAAAUUAGAAUUAAAAAAUUAACCAACAUGUGUUUGGAAUAGAGAAAACACACCAAUUGGACAAAGAUUAGGUGAAUUAUAAAGUCAAAAAAAAUUGAAAAUAUAAAAAAAAUAAACUUACGGUACCAUUCAUUUUCCCUCCAUACAUAGUUUAAACAGAAACAUACAUAGGUAAAAACAAAAGAAGAAGAAAAAACAUUUUCUUUCGUGGCAAAAUUAUGGCCAAUUUAAGCUAAACAAAAAAAUUUAGAUAUAAAAACUUGUAAAUAUAGUAUUUGAACUUGAAAGAAAAAACUGGAGAAAUAGUGGAUCAAUGAUUUUAGAUAAAUGAAAAGUAAGAAAAAAAAGUAAAUGAAACGAAAUAUAAAAUGAAGAAAAAAUCUACAUAAAACAUUAUUAAGGCGCUGUAUAUAUAUUUUUGUACAAAUUUAAUUUGGAUGACAUACAAAAAGAUACAUACUUUUUGAUAGUGAUUUAUUAGUUGAUAGAGAGAUUGGGAGAUGAGAGAGAGAAAGAUUUGAACAAAUUAAAACACUGAAAUAUCCACGUUAUUCUUUAAUUAGACAUUUCUCUUGCAAAAAUGGAGCAAAAACGAGUAUGAAAUCAAAAUCCAGCCAAGUUUUAAUCAAAUUACUGUCUUAGAAGAAAAAAAAAACAUAGCAUUAUAUAUUAUGUAAGAUUUUAUCCAUAAAUCUUAUCAAGUCAGACAACAACAAAAUAUUCAUAUUAAUAUAAAAAUCUUAGCAUUGAACUUUACCAAAAAAAAAAUGAAAAGAAAAAAUACAAGAAAUCUUUUAGAAAAAAAAAGAAUUAAAAGAUAACUUGUGAAAACAUAUUUGAAGCAAGUAUUUACUUAUCAAAUUUACUAUGGCAUUAAAAACAGAAUAGCAGCUACAAUUAGAUGUUCAACUGAAAAAAAAUUAUCCAAAUGAAGGCACAGUCUCUUCAUUAAAAAAAAACGUAAUUUAACUUAUGCAAGUACCAAAAUAUCAACUUAACUUCUAUUCAUGUUUAACAAGAAAAAAAUCAAAAAAGGAUGACGAAUGAUGGAGGAAACAUUAAAUCUUAAAGCAGCAUUCUUCGUGUGUAGAAAAGUAAUAUAUUUGUGAAAUUGCAAAAGUAAUACAACAAA